AGGAUUUUAUGCCUUCGUGCAUACUUCCAACGAUGUCAGGUGUACAUAGUAUUCUAGUUAGUCAUUCACACUCAGGUAUCUGCAUGGUCCUUUUAUUAAAUUACUCAAGACCAAGUUUUGUCUGGUUAGUCGUAUCCAGUUCAGUAGAUGCAUAUUCUUAUCUUAUGUAGUAUCACUUUUUUCUACAGCAAGAAACUAAAGCAGUUGUAAUGCGGAUCAUGCAUAAUAUCAGUUAAGAGGAAAAACCUAGAGAGUUAAGGGUCGAAAGCAACUUUUUGAAUCAUCAACGGUUCCGUUUUUUUUGCUGAAGUGGUUAAGCACUUCACGAAGUGGCUUUAUUUAGGUUAAAAAACAAUUUCUCUACUAAUUAUGUAUGUAUAAUUACUUGGAUUUAUACUUUCUUUUUAAAGAACAGGUAAAGCAAUUUCUGACUAGAUUUUUAUAUUUAACGAGACUGUUCUAGGACCGUAAUCCUUUUAACGAUCAUUCUUUCCCAUCCUUAUUAUACUACUAGGGUAAGAAAGAAUGGCUGGACAUGUUUGACUUUUGUCUUCAUUUCUUUCUUGUUGAGCUAGAAAGAGGUCAAAGAACAAAUAUUUUGAGUUUUUCGUGAGUCGUUUACGGGUCCCUAUCGAGAGAUCCGUUUGGAGGAUGCUGUAGAAACUACCCAGUGUACCAGUGUAGACAUGUCAAACACUUUCCAUCAAAAACAAGAGCAAGAACAAAGUGGACGCUCACAUAGAGAAAACGAUGAGCAUAAUUCUUCUACAUCUAUGGAAGAGUUCGAUUACGUUUCUCAAAAGUCGGAAACUCUAGCUCCUUCCAAUAACCCUCAUACCAAAACUAGCUUAGGUACUAGCUUCCUGGACUGGUGGGCUUCAUGGAAACGAGAUUUGUAUUCGAUUUGGUGGUCCUUGAACAGGAAAUUGAAUCGUAUGUAUCGCUGGAUGUGUAGCUUUUAUCAAACUCGUCCGCUUUUACCAUCACGAGGUACUGAACAAGAAUCCAACAACACCAUGCAGCAUGAAGUUUAUAGCGUCGUGAAAGAUAUUAACAGCGGAGACGAGUUGGUUUUAAACAUUAAAAAACCCGUCGAUCCUUUAUUGUUGCGAUCUAAUAUACCACCUGUGCAUCGUAAACAUCUUCCUCCCAAGCUUUCCCUAGUUGCUACACUGGGAACUGUACCUCGGCACAAUGUGGUGGUUUUGGAGGAUUGGAUUAAUCCUCUACUUUCUCAAAAGACCCAACUUAUGCUGCAAAGUGAAUUAUGCAAUAGCGACAGCUUUGACUGCCCUGGAUACAUUUGCGUUUUCAGCUACGAAGAAAAAAAUCACUCCCUUAGUUCCCUUAGUUCAAAUGUUCACAGUACUUCACUGAUUCAAAUAUCGAGAGUUUCGGAUCUUAAGCGUCACUUACAUGGCUAUUCGCCUCAUUGCCGCUACCGUCGCUCCCUUUUGGAAAUCUUUCCCAGUCCGAGCAAUGCAUCCAAGCCAUGUCAAGUCAGCUUUAAAGUCGAGCGACUAAUCCAUAAGGAAUUGGAGGAGUCUUUCAAUUGGCUUCCUGGAAUCAAUUGUGAAGCAUGCGGAUUACUGCAUGACAAUUGGCUUCAAAUUAGUAGUGAAGACUGGGACAAUGUCCGUGGCUUAAUAUUACGAUGGAUCGAAUAUUCCAGAGUGAUUUAUUCUUAGAACUAUAUCCCGUUCCGUGUUUUCUUCUUGUAAUAUACAAAUUGUUUUUUGAUAACUUUGCCAUUUCUCGUUCGUUUGGUUUAUUUUUCUUUCCUUUCUAAAGUUUUGUUCGUGUUGCAACUAUCAUGAUUUACGAGAACAACGAAUUACGCCAUUGCAUUUGUUUUAUCCUAUUUUAAUAUUUAUUCCCUUGCCUUGAAAUACACGCUGGUUUAACCGCGAAUAACCAGACUCGAUGUUCAAAAAUUACUUUUAUAAAUGAUCUCUCUCUUUUACUUAGUUUAGAGAAUACAUAAAGUCUAUUGGGUUGAAGUGAUCUUUAGGAAGCGGCAUUAAGGCCGGCAUGCUAAGUGGUCAGAUAUCCUCAUAAUGGAGUGUCCAUCUCUUUAGUCUAUCAAAUCUAUACUAGAUAAAGAAGCAUAACCAGUAGCUACACCUCCUUCAUGAGAAGAAACAGGCUUUGUACGGCAUAUAUAGCCUGCGUUACCAUUGUUUAACUCUUCAGCUGUUUCGGUGUUCCAGACAAUGGUUCCUAAAAUUCCAAUUUCAUCAACAACAUCGUAUUUUUCAGCAACCCGUCCUUUCAAAAUGUAAUUUUGUGAAGGAAGGGAUUUAAUGUAACGCAUCAAGAUAUAAGAAUCCCACUCUUCCUUGGGAAGACUAUUUAAGAGAUCAGGAAUGUCUUUUCCGUAGGUGUUAUUUCCUCCUCCCUCCCGUUGAGGCUUCAUAACAAAGUCUUCAGAAUUUUCAAGCGCAAGCUUUAUACCUUCUUGACCUCGGGCUGUAUCAUUUAAUGGAUACAUAUCAGCAAAGGUUAACUCAAUGGCUUUUUGCUCUUCACCCUGAACAAAUCUUUCAAGGGCAUUGCUUUCGGCAAGCACCUGCUGGAUCUUCUUCGAACCUGCUAAAUGAGUAGCAAUGGUGGGACAUUUUAUGGCAAGAGAAUUUUCGAUCUCCAAACGGAUAUCCCACUCAUUGUUGCUUGGAUAGUCAUCUAAUGCAUAGCCCGAUCGAUAGUAUACAAUGGCUACCUCGAACGUACCAUUGGGAUGAUUGUAAUAAAGCUUGUUACUUUCAUUGUCUCGAACCAACUGAUUCAAUUGACGAAUGGCGACACGUCUUGACUUGAUCCUAAAACGACCAACAAGCUCAUAUUCCAAAAGGCGCUGGUCACAAAUAUUACGCUCACUGUCUUUUACAACGAAUAAAACAAUAGGUUCGCUCCCCUCAGCAGCAUGUAGAUUCUUCGAAGGGAUCCCUUUUGCUUGUUCGCAGUAGGCAUUAUAAGCGCUAGAAAUACCGCUGCAGAUGCCAGUGAUGGAAGUAUUGACGGUGAGAUAAUCUAGUUCCAUAGGCUUCUUAUACAAACCUGAAGAGGAACAAUAGAAAUGUAAGUUUGCCAUCAUUUUACUAAGACCUCCAAAAGAUACGGAUAUCGUGUUGAACUCAACUUGCUUACUAGUAACUUCUUGGUCGUCUUUGUUCACCAAGUAAUCUGAUCGGAAGAUACCGAGCGCUAAACGCUGGCGUAACUCUGGUUUUAUUUUUUCAUUAAAAUCAGAAUGUUUUGUAUGUAAGUCCCAUAAUUUUUCCAUAAACUUGUCGUACUUUGUAAUAGGCUCCAAAUGCGUCUUGAGAAAUUCUAGGUCAUUAGCGAUUUUGGCAUAAAGCUUAUUAUAGGCUUUUUGCACAGAAACUACUUGUAUGAAGGCCUCUCUUGGAAUAGAACUAGGAAAGAGUGUCAAUGGAACUUGGGUAGCUUGAUUCGUAUCGCCCUUUUCUUGUGCUCCGUCCACAAACAGUAAGCCAUGAGCAGUUGCAUAAUCUCGUGCUGCCAAAGACAACUCUUCGAUUUCCUGGGUAUUGUAAUUGUCUAUUUUCAUGUUACGAUACUUUUGUUUCUCUGAGUAUCCUUGUCGAAUGCUAUAGCUGAUCCGUGGUUACAAAUCAAGAGUUGUCCGAUUUAAGAUUGUAGUUUACAAUAAGAAAUAAAAGAAAGUCAAUUUUGAUGGUUAUCCUUCACAAAAUGAUUGAAUAUGAGCUUCUUCAAAUCUGUAGAGAGAUGGAAUGGGAAGUUCUGCUCAAUACUCCCUUGCUUAAGUAAUCCCUAAAUAAACCACUAAGUAAACCUGAAAUUACUUGGUUUCCACCUUAGGGAGAUGUUUAGCAGCAAGCUAAGAAGGAAUAAGACAAUUACUCUACAUAAUAGAAGACAGUUAAACGCAUACGCUCUUACUCUUCAAAUAUUCCAGAGAGGUUGCAAACAAUUAUCAAAUGAUGAAUAUCAUAUAUACACGAAAUUGAAAAAAAUUUAUACAAAUAGUUAAAC